CUUUCCACAUACAUACACUAAUUCUUGUAGCAUUUUCAAUCAAUUGGCCGAAACUCUUCCAAUCUACAUUCUUAAACAGAGUAGUUAAUUGAUCUUUUGCGUACCAAGUUUGAAACACAUUCGUACGCGACAAAGGCUCGUCAUCUUCCACUAUGCAUGAUCAAUAACCAAAUAGAGAGAUUAUAUAAAUUAAUCGUAUUAAAAAUAAUAAUAGUCCGACUAUAUUCUUCAUCAUAUAUGAUUUGAAUCAAGUUAAUUAAGAGAUCAAGAAGGAGAAGCUAUCGCAACCAUCUUACUUGAAUACAUGUCAAAGAUUCAUCCAGCAUAUCAUCAUAGAAAACAGCGAAGCAAACAUCAUGUUUACAACGACGACCUUGAUCGUGAAGAUAACAAUAUUCGUCUUUUUCCUCCUCUUUGUCCAACUCGCGUAAUAAUAAGUAGGCCACGGGUUAAUUGCCCGUAUAUCUUCACAGUGUGGAAGAAAUCCAGUAUGAGCUUCCAGGGAACGGAUGGAUUCACGGUGUUUGAUAAGCAAGGCAGAUUAGUCUUCCGGGUAGACAACUACACCCGAAGGAAGAAUCGGUCCAUUGCUAGCCGAGGCAGCAGAUCUGGUGGAGUAGUACUCAUGGACGCACAUGGUAACCCGCUCUUAACAUUGAGACCACAGAUGAGCGUGUUAUUACAAUAUGACUGGAAUGGAUAUAGAGGAGGGGAAGAAAAUGAUGGAUCCACUGAUCUAAACAAUUCUACUCCUUUAUUCGUUAUGAGAAGACCUCCAUCAUCUCUGCUCACGAUGAUGGGAAUAACUACAUCAUGCCAGGCUCAAGUAUUUGUUGCUGGAGAUCAAACUAAUGUCAUGGGCAUGAAAAUUAGGAGGACGAGACCAGAUUACAGGGUGCAGGGUUCUUUUCGCAGGCGAAAUUGCAACAUCAUAAAUUCUGAUGGUCAUAUUGUAGCAAAUAUAUCACGAAAAUUAGCUAACGCUACUACUCGCACUACCAUUUUGAUUAGCGACGACGUUUUUAGCUUGGUGGUACAACCAGGCUUUGAACCUCACAUUUUUAUGGCUUUUGUUAUUAUCUUGGAUCGCAUGUAUCCUAACUCAUACGCUCCCCUUAUUUGUUCUUAAUGUAAUCAGACUUUCAUCUCUAAAAUGCCAAGGUUUUUUAAAAUAAAUAAAUAAAUAAUUUCUAUC